AUGAGAAAUCACAGCUUCCCCCGGUCCGUCGACUUAGCAUCUACCGUCCGGCGCCCUCGAUUCCCCCUUCCAUCGCCCUCGCUUCCCCCUUCUGUCGCCCUCGCUUCCCCCUUCCGUCGCCCUCGCUUCCCCCUUCCGUCGCCCUCGCUUCCCCCGCCCAUCGCCCUCGCUUCCCCCGCCCAUCGCCCUCGCUUCCCCCGCCCAUCGCCCUCGCUUCCCCCGCCCAUCGCCCUCGCUUCCCCCUCCCAUCGCCCUCGCUUCCCCCGCCCAUCGCCCUCGCUUCCCCCUCCCAUCGCCCUCGCGUCCCCCGCCUAUCGCCCUCGCUUCCCCCUCCCAUCCCCCUCCCAUCCCCCUCCCACCCCCCUCCCAUCUCCCUCCCUUCCCCCUCUCAUCGCCCUCCCUUCCCCCUCCCAUCCCCCUCCCAUCCCCCUCCCAUCCCCCUCCCAUCCCCCUCCCACCCCCCUCCCAUCCCCCUCCCUUCCCCCUUCCAUCCCCCUCCCACCCCCCUCCCAUCCCCCUCCCAUCGCCCUCUCAUCUCCCUCCCAUCCCCCUCCCAUCCCCCUCCUAUCGCCAUCCCAUCCCCCUUCCAUCCCCCGCCCAUCUCCCUCCCAUCCCCCUCCCAUCCCCCUCCCAUCGCCCUCCCAUCCCCCUCCCAUCCCCCUCCCAUCCCCCUCCCAUCCCCCGCCCAUCCCCCUCCCAUCCCCCUCCCAUCCCCCUCCCAUCCCCCUCCCAUCCCCCUCCCAUCCCCCUCCCAUCCCCCUCCCAUCCCCCUCCCAUCCCCCUCCCAUCCCCCUCCCAUCCCCCUCCCAUCCCCCUCCCAUCCCCCUCCCAUCUCCCUCCCUUCCCCCUCUCAUCGCCCUCCCUUCCCCCUCCCAUCCCCCUCCCAUCGCCCUUCCAUCCCCCUCCCUUCCCCCUCCCAUCCCCCUCCCACCCCCCAUCCCCCUCCCUUCCCCUUCCAUCCCCCUCCCACCCCCCUCCCAUCCCCCUCCCAUCCCCCUCCUAUCGCCAUCCCAUCCCCCUUCCAUCCCCCGCCCAUCUCCCUCCCAUCCCCCUCCCAUCCCCCUCCCAUCGCCCUCCCAUCCCCCUCCCAUCCCCCUCCCAUCCCCCUCCCAUCCCCCGCCCAUCCCCCUCCCAUCCCCCUCCCAUCCCCCUCCCAUCCCCCUCCCAUCCCCCUCCCAUCCCCCUCCCAUCCCCCUCCCAUCCCCCUCCCAUCCCCCUCCCAUCCCCCUCCCAUCCCCCUCCCAUCCCCCUCCCAUCCCCCUCCCAUCUCCCUCCCUUCCCCCUCUCAUCGCCCUCCCUUCCCCCUCCCAUCCCCCUCCCAUCGCCCUUCCAUCCCCCUCCCAUCCCCCGCCCAUCCCCCUCCAUCCCCCUCCCAUCCCCCUCCCAUCCCCCUCCCAUCCCCCUCCCAUCCCCCUCCCAUCCCCCUCCCAUCCCCCUCCCAUCCCCCUCCCAUCCCCCUCCUAUCGCCAUCCCAUCCCCCUUCCAUCCCCCGCCCAUCUCCCGCCCAUCCCCCUCCCAUCCCCCUCCCAUCGCCCUCCCAUCCCCCUCCCAUCCCCCUCCCAUCCCCCUCCCAUCCCCCUCCCAUCCCCCUCCCAUCCCCCUCCCAUCCCCCUCCCAUCCCCCUCCCAUCCCCCUCCCAUCCCCCUCCCAUCCCCCUCCCAUCCCCCUCCCAUCCCCCUCCCAUCCCCCUCCCAUCCCCCUCCCAUCCCCCUCCCAUCCCCCUCCCAUCCCCCUCCCAUCCCCCUCCCAUCCCCCUCCCAUCCCCCUCCCAUCCCCCUCCCAUCCCCCUCCCAUCCCCCUCCCAUCCCCCUCCCAUCCCCCUCCCAUCCCCCUCCCAUCCCCCUCCCAUCCCCCUCCCAUCCCCCUCCCAUCUCCCUCCCUUCCCCCUCUCAUCCCCCUCCCAUCGCCCGCAGGGGCUGUCGUUUCCCGCCCAGCCGCCCCCUCUACCCCUCCUGUUGCCCGUCGUUACCGCCUCCUCCAAUCCUCCCACUGUCCAGGCUCCCAGCACCACAGGCCAAGGUUGCAUGCAGUGUAGCAGACAAGAAUGGGGAAAAAGCAUUACAUUUCCUAGCUGUGUUCAUCGUGUCGAGUCGAUAA